AUCCAUUAAAACAACUGUCGCGAAACGUAAAAAAUUUAGUUGGUUGCUCACAAGUUUUUCUAAAUAAAUAUAUAUAAGUAACCGUAACAAAUCUGAGUACAAAAUUUAAAAUGAAAUUUUUCAUUAGUGUACUUGCAUUUAGCUUUAUAUUCCAAUGUGUGCACUGCGACCAAAUAUCAAAUCAAUCAGAUGAGUUUGAGGAGAAUACCAGCCGAUAUGUAAUUGAAGGAAGAGUUUAUCCUCCAGAAUUAUACACGGCCGAUUCAUACUGGCAACAAAACACAUCAAUAUCUAUAAAUAGUGGGGAAUACAAAGGUUUCCUUAGAGACGAUGGCACUUUUGUUAUAAGUGGUGUUCCUUCUGGAAGUUACGUUUUAGAAAUUCACAAUCCAGAUUAUUUUUAUGAACCAGUUCGAGUGGAAAUCAACCCGAAAGGAAAAUUUAGAGCCAGAAGAGUAAAUUACAUACAACCUGCACAAGUUAUUCAAAUUCCAUAUCCUUUGAAGCUUAAAGCUCUAACGAGGUUCAGAUAUUUUCAACAACGUGAACAAUGGAAGAUCACAGAUUUUCUAUUCAGUCCAAUGGUUCUUAUGAUGAUUCUUCCAUUAUUCCUAAUGUUAAUUCUUCCCAAAAUGAUGAGUGAUCCAGAAACCAAGAAAGAAAUGGAAAAUAUAAAUUUUCGAAAGAUGACUAAUGAUAUGCCAGAAAUAAGCGAAAUGUUGACAUCUUUCUUUACGGGUGCUCCUCCAAAACAGGAAAAAGAUAAAAAGGCUUCUGUUUCCGCAAAACAAUCGAAGAAAAGGAAUUAAUAAUGAUUAUUAUUUAUGAUUUAGGGAAAAAUUAAUAAAUUCGAAUUUUAAGUCAAUCCUUUUAGCUAAAAUAAUUACAUUACUUAUCAAAAACAUUAGGUAUAUGUGAAAACUAAUAUGUAUUGUUUGAUGAAAAUUAUUUAAAUAAAACAUUUGUUAUUAUUUUCUUGAUAAAUCGAAAUAUGUAUGUAAAAAAAAAUAAAACAAUCAAUAAUUGUUAUACAUUUUUCCUUAUUGUUUUACAAUAAAAAA